AUGUCCAAAAAGACGAUAGUAUCGGUACCUCGCAAUGCUUAUCGUGCCGUCAUGGAGAUCUAUGUGACGGCACACGCCGACGACCAGUACUGGUAUGCCAACCCACUCCGAUCAGUACCAAUAGACACGAAAGACCCGCUCUCAUCGGCGAAAGCCAACGGUGGAUUCCGGCAAGUGGUGUUGACAAUAGAUGGGAAGUAUGCCGGUGCAGUGGUGCCAUUUCCGAUCAUCUAUCCAAGCUCAGUAAACCCGUAUUUCUGGUCACCGGUGACGGCCAUAGCGGCUUACAACAUACCGUCUUAUGAGCUCAACUUAACUCCAUUGAUGUCGAUGCUUUUGAACGGGCGAGAGCAUGAAUUUGGGUUGAAGGUACGUGAUGCACAGCCGCACUGGCGUGUCACUGCCAACCUUCAUGUCUGGCUCGACGCAUGGUCGGAUGGAGUUGAAGCUGGGUUGCUUCAAUAUAGAGUGCCUCCUCUGAAGAUAAACCGGCAGGCUUACUGGAAAGAGAAGGACGGGAAGUCGGAAGUGGAUGGGCAGGUGAUAGUGAGGUUUGCCGGGUGGGUGAGCUCGUCGGCGGGGAACAUAACAACAAGUGUCCGAGAACGGCUGAAGUUCAAAAGCCAUGUAAUGGUGCAAGGAAGAGGGACAAUGAAGCAAGUAGCAAUGGAAAGUAAGGUGAGGAUGAAUGUGAGGGUGGAGAAAGAGAGGACAGUGAUAGGGAGGAUGGUGAUGAACAUGGAAGCACCAUUGGAGAUCAUGACAUUGAGUUCUAAUGGAGGAGGAGGGUCAGUGUUUGAGAGGACAAAGAUGAAUCAUGGGUUGGAGGAGAUGAAGAGUGUGGUGAGAGGGAAGGAGGUGGUGGUGAGUAUGGUGAGUGAUAGGCAGGAUUCAGAAGGGUCUUGUUUAAUGGAAGAAGGGAUGGCAGUGUGGGGGAGUGGGGAUAGUAGGAGUGUGUAUAAGUAUAGGGAUGAUAAGGUUUGUUAUUUGAGGAGUUUGAAUGUGGUGGGAGGGAGGAUUAUGGAUGAUGUUGCUACUCCUUCUUGUGUUGCUCUUGCUGAUGAAUGA